AUGGCAGCUAAGGACGGCGAUGGAAAGCUAUCUUCCGAUGUUACGGAGCCAACGGAUGCGGAGGGCUUGAAGUCGAACAAGGGCAAGGCGUCCAGCGUAGACGCACCAAACGUAGACAGCGGCGGCGGCAAUAUCAGUUCCGAUGACAGUGAAGAUGGUAGCGACGACAGCAGCGGCGACAUCGACGUGGACGCCGAGACUGCACAGCAGCUCAUGGCGUUGGAACAUGAAUUACAAAUCAAUGUAUCAUAUGAAAAGCACCUCGAGUACAUCGCGUUACUCCGCACCGCUCCCGGCCUGCGCAAGCGCUUACGAGACGCACACGAGGACCUCGCGGCUCGCUUCCCGCUGAGCGAAGAGCUUUGGUUGGCCUGGAUAAACGAUGAGCUGUCGGCAGUUUCGGGGCCUGAAGAUCUCGCCUGGCUGCUGGGGCUGCUGCGCCGAGCGGCCACUCGGGACUACCUGGCGCCUGCCGUGUGGGAGCUGUACCUGGAGGUGGCACAUGAUUUGGAUCCUGCCGUAAGGGAUCUGGAACCUGAGGGUGUUGAGCGUUACCGGGCCAUAUGCGAGGAGGCGUUGGCAGCGGCUGGGUUGCACCUGGCGGCUGGACACCGGCUGUGGAGCAAAUACAGGACGUUCGAGCUGGCCGUAGAAGCUAGGGCGGCUGGGGGGACUUCGGCAGCUGCCGCCAGGCAGCAGGAUCGAGUGCGGGCGCUGUACCAGCGGCAGCUGCAGGUGCCGUUGCAGGACGUGGACCAAACGUUGGAGGAGUAUAAGGCCUGGGAGGCAGGCCACGGAAAGUCCGUACCGGCGCAUGUGGUCAAGGCGGCUGAUAAGGCCCGGGAAGCUGCUGAGCUGCGUGCCGGGUUUGAGGAGGGCGUGGCGGCGGAGGUGCCGGCUGACGUGUCAAAACUGGGCGCGUUUCUGUCGUACAUUAAGAUGGAGCAAAAUGCAGGCGACACGGCGAGGGUUCAGGUGCUCUACGAGCGCGCCGUGGCGGCGUUUCCCCUGACGUACAGCCUCUGGCUGCAGUACGGACAGUACAUGGAGACGCACACCAAGCUGGCCGGCCCCAUCAACGCCGUGUACGGCAGGGCCGUACGGAACUGCCCCUGGGUGGCGGCCGUAUGGGAGAGGGCCAUCCGAGCGCUGGACCGUACCGGUGCGCCGCUGGAGGCGGUGGACGAGAUGUACGGCAAUGCGCUCAAGGCCGGUCUGCAGCACAGCACACCGCAAAGCGGGUGCUCUUCCUCUAACCGCUGUCGCCCGCUCAUCUUGCCCAUUCUCACGGUCGGUCUCCGUACCCGCUUCCCAUACCGAGUGCCUAAACAGGCUCCGGACGACUACCUGGCGAUUAUCCUGUCCAGGAUCGACUGCCUACGAAGAGCGGCGGUGGCGGCCAAGGAAGCCGCUGCAGCGGGCGGCGGCAGCGGCACCGGCGGCGGUGGCAGCUCUAAGAAGGAAGCCGCUGCCGCUGCCGCGGCCGUGGCGGCUGCGUUUUCUCGCCUGCGGCUGGCGUUCUGCUCCGCCACCGAGCUCAUGAUGUCUCACUUUCCCGACCACCUUGACUUGAGCCUGAGCCUACCCGCCUACUGGGCGCAGUGCGAGAUGUACGUCAUGUGUGAUACGGCGGCGGCUCGGGAGGUGUGGGAGGGCUCGCUCAAGGGAGGACUGGGCAGGUACGCGGAGGCUUGGGAGGCGUACAUCGCGAUGGAACGCUCGGCCAGGUUGAUCAAGGAGGCUCGGGCUCUGUACAAGAGGUGCUACAGCCGGCGACUCGAGCAGGAUGGACAGCUAAAGCUCUGCCAAGCCUGGCUUCGUUUCGAGCGGGAGGAGGGCAGGGCGGAUGACUACCUGCAGGCGCUGCUGAAAGUAGAGCCUAUCCUCGAGGAGAGCGCCGCGGCCGCUGCGACCGCUGCCGACCAAGCUGCGGCAGCCGCUGCAAAGGCGGCUGUACAGAAGGCGAAGAAUCUGUCUAAGGACGAGGUAAAGGCUAUGCGGCGGGCCAAAGACCCCAACUUCAAGGGCAAGAAGGACACCGCUGAAAAGGGCGAGGCUGAAAUGGAGAAUCCUGAUAAAGGUGGGAAACCUGCCAAACGUGGCCGGCAUGAGGAUGGCCAGGACCCGGCACCUGUAGGUAGUGCUGAAGAACUUGCCUCCAUCAAGCGCGUUCGGAUGCACGAGCCUGAGGCUCCCUCUCCUCGCGCCAAGGCGGGCGCGCAAGUCCCAACAGACAACAACGCCACCGCUCCAGCUGCCGCGGCCGAAGGAGGCGAUCAGGAUGCUGACAUGGCUGACGAGGAAGAAGCCCACGCGGAUGGAGCCGCGGACGCAAAUGCAGGCGCCGAAGGCAUGGGCGAGGACAACGCAGCUGGCCCGGGGCCGGGCACGGCCAAGACGCAGGGCGGUGCGCGUCCGCACUACACGGACAAGAUGACCGUCUUCAUCCGGGGCCUUCUUCCCGGGGUUAAGGACGUCGAUUUGGAGGGCUUUCUCAAAGGCCAUGUGCCGGAGGGCCUCAAGGACAGCCGCAUCAUGCGUGACGCGCAGACGGGUGAUGCACGGGGUUUUGCGUACGUGGAGUGCAGCUCAAGGGAGGCCCUGGACAAGCUGGUCGCCCUCAACGGCACCGUUUUCCAGGGCAAGUCACUUUUCAUCGCCGAGUCCAAACCACCUAAGCACGGCGGCGGCGGCAGGGGGCCCCCGCACGGCGGUGGCGGCCGCGGCCGCUUCAGUGGAGGGCGCUUCGGCGGUCCACCGGGCGCGCGGGGUGGCGGCUUUGCAGGGCGCGGCCGCGGCCGCGGCCGUGGGGGUGGCGGUGGGUCGGCGGAGGGCGAUCCAGAUACGGAAAUGGAGGAGGCUGGCGAUGGCGGUGGUGGUGGUGGUGGUGGUGGAGGCCGGGGUGGCCGAGGGGGGCACCGUCCGGGGCUGGGGCACCCGAGCGGGCGCGGCUCCAUGCGGACACAUUUGCAGAUUUCCCAAGGGAGCGCCCCGCCCACGGCACUUGUGCCCCGUUCUCUCCAGCUGUCGGUCUCCUUCGGCGCGCCUGCCGGCGGCGAUGCUGGCAGCGGCGGCGGCGGCGGCGCAGCCGCCGGCGGGCAGCAGCUAUCUAACGAUGAUUUCCGCAGGAUGCUGCUGUCCGGAAAGAAGUAG